AACGUGAUGGUUUUCUAAUAGACAAUGGCAAGGUUUUUUUAUGAUGAAUAAAUGUUUUAAGAGCAUUCCUCGACUUUUAGUCCCAUACCACCCAAUCUGAUGAUAAGUUUCUAUCAUGCAUAAAUUAAUACUUCUAAAAUUUUGGCCUACUACUAGUAAUAAAGUUUACUCUCUUAGUAAACCUUUAGUUUAACGAGUUUGCGAAACUUACCGGUUCAAUGCAAAUGAAGGGAUUGUACGUGCACUUAAGUGAGGUUAUGUCAUUGAUAGUUUUUCAUGUAUGGUUAUGUUGAUAAAGGAAAAUGAGCGAAACUAAUUAUGACGGAAACAGUGAUCUAUUUUUAAAUGACCGUUAUAAUCCGCCUUCUAAAGAAAACACUUUGCCCAAAGACAGGUUUACUGAAGAAUGCGAACGCCACCCCGCAAAGAGAAUAAAAGUCGACGACCAUGGCUCGUCAGUUGAGCCAAAAUCAAAUGUAGGGCAGCCACUUACUUUAAAGAGGUGUGAUUCAGCCUCUAACGGCAUCAAAAGAAUAUUCCCUGGCCCUGCGGGCGUUAUAAGUGAUGACUUUGGUAGAGCUAAUGAUCCUAUGUUGUGUUCCCAACAAACGGCAAGAAUUUUUGAGGAUGGCCCUUGGAAAGAUAUGAGCAAGGAUUUCUACAUCAGUGACAAUGUAUAUCUGUUUAAUAAAUUUAAUAUAUCAUGGAUUAAAAAGCAAGCAGGUAUGAAUAAAUUUCUCGACCAGAAAGCCCCAUAUUUGGCAGGUAUCCUGCAAUCAUUAGAAGUUUCAGAAACGCAAUUGCGAAAAUCAGUUAACAUUACUUUAAAAGAUUUAACAGGGCAGAUCCAAGGUAUGAUCCAGCAAAGUCUUUAUGAGGAUUACUGCAACUUUUUCACCUUGGGUGCUGUUUUGGUACUUACACAAUUUGGCGUUCUCUCAUGUAAUUGCAACAAAUGUGACAACCAUCACUUAACAAUUACCUCCAACAGUUUGAGUGCCAUUUACAAUGGGAAACAAAAACUAGUGUUGAAAAAAAUUGACCCCCAGGAACUUUGCGCCUCUUUUUAUAAAAAUGUUAACGAACAAAUGAAGAUCGAUUCCAAAAAAAUAAGUGCCAAGUGCAGUACCUCUGCUGCGAUUUCAAGUAGUUGCCGCCAAAUGAAUAUGUGUAAUGUUCAGAUAAAUUCAGAGGCUAAAAAAUUUCAUUUUAAGAAAACGCCAAAAACCUUGGAGGCCAGUCUUCUAAUAGAAACAUUAUCGCCCGAAAAUAGUAAAAAAAAAGACUUGAAUUCAAUACCCGUGCCAAACUCUCAAAUAUCCCUCAAGGUUGACCGCAGCGAGCACAAAAAAAUAUGGGAUGGUAUACUGGAGGAUGUUGACCUAAGUGCUUUGUUUGAGGAUUUUUGAUUUCUUUUUGUAAAGAGGCAUUGCUCUUAAUAUGCAAAAUAUUUAUUUUGUAUAAAAAUAGAUUAUUUAUACAGUUA